AACACGUUCGAGGGUUCGCGUCGGUUCAAGUUGCACGACUUGAACAUGGUCCGCCACCGAGCAUGGGAAGAGUUGUGCGUGGCAGAGUCGGAGAAUUUGGCAAUGCGAGAGACCAUCUCGAAUUUGCAGACGGAACUGGCGCAACUCCGCGUGUGGAAGGCGCAGGCGUUGGAGUUCAUGACGGCAUGGGGCCCCAAGCGUUUGAAGCUGCAAAAGGAAAAGGACGAGGCAUGCAAACUCAAGAAAAAGCUGCUCGACAUGGAGCAGCAAGUCCUCGAGCGCGUCGCGUUGUCCGAGAUGUUGGCUGAGCUAAAAGUACAAGAUGCGCAAAUGGUCGACAAACUCGCCAAGACCCAGCGAGAGAAGGACCAGUGGAAAGCCAAGGUGGCCACCGAAUGCGCAUCCCACCUGCAAACCCGUCGCCAACUCCAUUUCAUGGAAGACAUGUUUGAAAAGCUUGUCGACCAGUUGCUCGUGUUGCGCCAGCGAUACGACACCACCCAGACCUACACUGCGCGGCACCAAGCACCGACCGAACCCAUCAAACCAAACGACGGCGAGUCGCCCACAGCGUUUCACGAACGCACGCUGCUUUCCGGGAUGUAUUGCUUGGGGGACGCAUGUGUCAAGUGGAUCGACCAGCGUCUAGGUUCCGAUGCGGCGGAGCUGGCGACUCGGGGGCACCUCGAAACCAACUGGACGAGCGAAAAAUCGCGGCUUGAACACGAACUGGCGAGACUGACCCAGCAAGUGCACGAUGCGGAAGCGACGCGGGUCAAGCAAGAGCACGACCUUCGACGGUUGCAGGGAGAAGGCGCCCGAUACGAGCAAGUCGUGAUGACAGCGCGGCAGGACGUGAUCAAAUGCACACAACACACGAUGGAAGGCAAAGCAAUCAUGAAGCGCCUCGUGCGAGACGUCCGGCAGUAUCUGCAUGCGACGCAAAUGGAGGUCAAAAAGAAGUUUGGGUACGUCCCGGACUCGAUCGCGCAUCACGUUGUGUGGGAAUGCAUUUCCACUUCCAUGAAAGAGCUUGACCAGUUCCUGUUGGAGGGUGUCCAUUAAAAUCCGUGGUACGAAUUCAGCGCUGGGCGUGUG